CACUCUGUGCUUCGUGUUGCGUGGACGUGCUCUCCGAUUGACGUCCGCUUGGUUAUUCCCGGAUUUUUGUUUUCGUCCGCUGCUUCCUCUCCUCUCGCGGUUUUAUCAGAUUUCGGUGUUCUUGGGCCGUGCAGUUCCUGUGGCGGCUUUUGUUGUUGAAUCAGUUGCAUGGAAGAGUGCGAGGGAAAAAAGAGUGUGCGAUAAUAACAGUUUGAGGAAGUUGCAAAGCAAAACAAAGUAGCCUGUGUUAUUCCCGUGAGCUGUGCGUUUCUUUGUGUGUUGAGCAAUGUUCUAACGCACUCAAGGCAAUAAAACAAUCAUACUGCCUUCGUGUGCCCGUUGGUGUUUAUUAAUAAUCGCGUGAAAUACUUACACACGUACAGGCGAAGUCAGUGGGGAGAAGACUCGUCACGACGAGGUGUUCUAGCACACAUCUAAGCAGUCAGGUUUUAGCUCAGCGUGUGUUCUAGAAUCGUAGGCGGCUGUGCGACGAGAGAUCGCUGCACGAGGCCGUCGUCGCGAGGGAUUGUGCACCGAUGUGUAUCAAUCGCUAGCGGAGCAUGUUGUCACCCGUGUUCUGGAUGGAAAUUUGAAUGGAGUUGGUGUUCGGGGUGAAGGUGAUUGACAACGCGAGCCGUUGUUGUUUGCUGGAUACGGCUCAGUGGGUUUGCGCUUCUGGAAUUUCAUCUACAUAGUUUUUUUGUUUUGUGUUUGUUAUAAAAAAGAGCAACAUUUGGAAGAGAGGUGAAGAUCAUCGGUCGAGCGUGUUUCAGCAGUCGAUCGUGCACGCUACAGCACAACAAUUGAAUCAUCCGGAAAGUAAAGCAACAAAAAAACAGAAGCCGAGGAAGAUUAGCUAUCAAAGGCCGUGUACGAGGUGAAGAAGAGAGCCGGCCGAGAGCAUGUUGUUCAGCUCGCCAAUCCGAGUAAUUAUUAUGAUUAGAUGUGGCUUAUUAAAUGAAAGUGAUUGCGCGCCGCAAUUAAGUGUUUAAGUGCGCUCACAUGUGUGUGUCUGUGCGUGUACUAGUGUGUUGGAAUUCAAAGUCGAUUACUAUCAUUUUCGGAGCAACGGAGAGCUGCCGCCGGAGGCGUUUACCCCGAAAGUAGCAGCGGCCCGUUUAUCGAACUCUCAGCAGUCAGAGUCCAACAAAACCAGAGCAUCGGAGAUCGGCCCCCGAGAUGGACAUCGAGUCGGACGGUUCCGAACGGUGGGAGGAUUUUUUCGGUAGCAGCACCGAUCUAGCACCGUCCCUGCUCGGAUAUUACGACUCGUUGGCGGCCACCAAAGUGAGUGAUGAGCCGCAGGAAACGCGACUUUCCAGUAGCACGUUCUACGUCAGCAACCACAGUCUGAACUCGGUGAAUACCACAACUUCCACAACCGGUGGCAAAGAACAGUCACCGCCGACGGCGGUCACUUCGCCGAAAGAACUCGAAGAGCAGUCGUUUCAAGCCAGCAUCCAAAAGUUCCGCAGUGUGUGCCAUAGCUCGGCAAGACCUACGCGACCCGCCCCACAACUGCCCAAGUUUGGCGAAAAGUUCCGCAAUCUGUCGUCAAACGUCCAGCGGAUACUAUCUAACACCGACUCCGCGGCAGACGUCCCGCUAACGCGACCUCCGGCCCCGUUCCACCGCAACGGACUCCAGUCCGCCUCGUUCAGCACUAGUCGAUCGAUAUCGUUGAACUCUUCAAUCGCAACCGCGAGUGUGCGGUACACCCCGAAGAACCUCCCGCUGUCCAAAAACAUCGCCAAGUUCACGCGAGCUUCCACGGGAAGUUCCGACACCAACGGGAACGUCACCGAGGUCAUCAGCGUCGAAGACGAUGCGGAGCCCAAGUUCAGCUCAAUCCAGCAGCGCAUCAAGUCACUAACGUCAGCACUCUUCGACGACCUGGAACCACCCGACCCAGCCAAACCAGAACCCCAACCCCCAGAAGAAGAACCCGUCCUUCGCAACCCGCAAAAGUCCAUGGACGCCACCGAACCGCAGGAUGCCUUCGUCGAGAACUGCGACGACGCCCAGCAGCGCAACACGAUCGUAGAGACGCGCAACCCGCACGUCACGCUAGUCGUCCCAAAAACACCCCCCCGUCUCGGCCGCUCCCCGAAACUUCCCCGCACGCCAUCCUCAACCUCGACCUCGACCCGCAGCCUGGACACGACCAGCUCAACGUCCCUCUCCUCCAGCAAAACAUCCCUCACGCAAACCCCUGGAACGCCGAUCCUCAGCACGAGACCGCUCUCGGCGUCCAGCAUCAGCUCGUACUCGUCCAGUAGCAGUUCCGGGUCGGAUCAUCUGCACCUGCCGGGCGUUACGCGCGGCAUUCCAACGGUGUACACCGCCAGCGUGGAGAGCUUGGCCGAUCCGAGCGAGUGCGAGCAGGGUGGAGGUAGUGGGGUGGGUGUUCCGAGUGGGCUGACCAUGUGCGAGCGGGCCGUGAUGGAGAUUGUGGACUCGGAGCGGAGUUACGUGGAGGAUUUGGGGCAGAUUAUCAAGGGCUACCUUCAGGACUGGAAGGAGCGCGCCUGCCUCCGGGUGGACGAACUCGAGGUCCUGUUCAGCAACAUCCAGGAGGUGUGGGACUUCAACUCGCGCCUGCUGAGCAGCCUCAACGAGACCAAAGGUGACCCGGUGCUGAUCUCCGGCUGCUUCAUCGACCUGCACGAGGACUUUGACUGUUACACAACGUACUGCACUCGCUACCCGGAGGCCAUCGCCCUGUUGACCAGCCUGCUGCAGGCGACCCACACGAACGCGCUGCUCAUCCACACGCAAAAGAUGCUGAACCACAACCUCCCGUUGGGAUCGUACCUGCUGAAGCCGGUCCAGCGGAUUCUCAAGUACCAUCUGCUGCUCGAUAACCUCCGGAAGCACUGCGACGACAAGCAGGUGGCGCAUGCCCACGAGCUCAUGAAGAACGUGGCGCACAACAUCGACCAGGUCAAGAAGAAGCUGGAGCAGCAGAGCCGCGUCAAGGAGCUGGCCGGGAUCGUGGACGGAUGGCUGGGGCCGGAUUUGUCCGUGCUCGGGGAGUUGCGGCAGGAGGGACUGCUGAGUGAGCACGCCAAGCCGCGGGUCGUGCUGCUGUUCCAGACGAUGCUCAUCAUCACCAAGCCCAAGGAGGACAAGCGGCUGCAGUUUCGCGCUUAUAUUCCGUGCAAGAACCUCAUGCUGGUGGAGCAUCUGCCGGGCGAGCCGACCAGCUUCAACGUGAUCCCGUACAACGACCCCAAGGGCCAGAUCAAGCUGACGGCUCGGAACCGCGACCAAAAGCGCCUCUGGUCCCAGCAGAUCAAACAAGCGAUGCUCGAGCACUUUGACAUCCCGAAGCGGGCCAAAGACCUGGUGCUGCAGCUGGGCGACGAAGACGACAAGAACCCAUCGACGGGAGCAGCGAGCUGGAAGUGGCCAGGACAUCACGCGUCGUCCUCGACGCCGGACUAUCUGGAGCGAAGGCAGCAGUUCCGGCGGAGCGAGAUGCGGAUGAGGUCGAAGAAGCAGCGCAAGAACACGAUCGCCAGCAGCAUCUCGCUGGACGGGAUUUCGCAGAAGGACUUGAAGCAACCGACGUUUCAGUCGUACUCGAAGGAUUUGGAGAAGAAGGAGGGAGAUGGCGGUAGCUGCAAGUGCGACGUGGUCAAGAAGGAGCUGGAGCAGAAGCAGACGGCGCUUAGUAGGAGCAGGUCGGAGACGAGAGAUUCUGGGAGAAGCGACGAGGAGAUCUUUGCCAAAGCGAUGCAUGAGCGGAGCAGGUUCGCGACGCAGGGUCGGAGGAAAACGAAGGAGAGUUUCGUGGAUGUCAAGUCGUACAAUACGACGACCAUUCCGAAGCGCAUUGCGACGAUCCGGAAGAGCAGGUCGAAGACGUUGACGGGUAAUUCGACGUUCUACACGGAUUUGGAGGGUGGAGCGGAGGACGACACGACGACGGUGUUGAAGAUCGUCGAGUCCACGGACAACUUGAGCAUCGUAGACGGGGGUGUUGGUGGGGAAAAAGAGGAGGUUGGUAGGGAACUAGGAGAAGAAACUCCGAGAAGGGACUCGGACAUAAUUUCUCAACUAGUUUUAGAGAAGAACGAGUUCCGGAAGAAAUCCUCCAAGAAAAAGUCAUUCGACUCGCGAUCGCUGUCCUGCGCGAGCCAGGACGAAGAUGGUGACCAUCGAGAAGACGAAGUCCCCGAACUCCCCCGCACCGAACCCCCCGCCGAUGACGAAGAGGAAGCCGAAUUCCGCAAGGUAGACGAGCUGAACAAAAAGUCCGAAGACCUGCUCAACCGGCUAAGCGAAAUCCAAAGCGAUCUCCCGUCGCCGGAACCAAUCUACGAGUCGCUCCUCCGGAACGUCCACGUGCCGUACAAGUACGCCCCACCCCUGACCCGCUCCGUGUCGCAGCAGUACGGCAAACCAGGCAACAGCCCGAAGAAGAAUCGGCCUGAGUCGGAUUACGUGACGCUGGCCUACUCCGAGAAUGGGCUGGUCAACAUCGAGGCCGAUUGUGUUGUUGUUCCCAAGUCGGCGGUCGCCCAGUUGCGAAACAGCGAUACGAACAUCAACUAUCAUCAUCACCACCAGCCCUGGAAUCGACCGGGGGAGGAUGCCGGCACGGUGCAGGACACCCAGUCGGAGAUUGUCCACCUGGAUGAAGGUCUCAAACCCGCCCACCUCGAGCGCCAGGGCAGUCUCAGCAUCAAGUCACCAAAGAACCUGCUCCAAAGAUUCAUCAGUCUGCACUCAUCACCCGCGCCUUCCGGCAGCUGCGACAGCGCCCUGCACCAGCGCAAGAUCUCCUGCCCGGAGGAAUCGACGACCAUCCACAUCACCAGCAGCCCCACGAUCUACAAGCAGGGGAGCCUCGAUUUGGGCUCGCGAAUCGCCAACCUGGACUACGCCGACCCGCGGACGCUGUUCCCCCAGCCGGCCAACAUCUUCAUCAACCGGGGCUCGCUCAAGUCGGCCGACCCGGAGCAACGCGACUCGAUCUUCUCGCUGACCUCGUCGAGCGAUUCCGUCUGCCAGGGGGGCGGCGUUGAUCUGGACGACGAUCCGAACGGAUUCUACGAAAAGUCCGUCGAGGAGUGUCUCGAGUGCGAGGACUUCCGCGACUCGGCCGUCUACAGCGGGGACGACAACCGGCCGGACGCGGACGACCAGGUCGUGUACGCGUCGAUCGAGGAGGUCACCCAGCAGCAGCAGCAACAGCAGAAGCAUCUUCUUCAACCUCCUACAUCCGUAGCGCGGUCGUCAUCGUCAGCUUCGAGUAGUUCCAACGGUGCGGGACCACCGCCUAUUCCGGUCAAGCCGGCCCACUUGGAGGGACGAAGAGUGGCCGUGAAGAUUGAAGGACCGAAGCAGAGUGAACCACCCUCAAAAGGGUGGGUUUUGCAGCAGGUCAAGAGAUUUCAGUGAAACAGCCAAGAUAGACUGAAAACAGUGCCUUGGAGUUUUUUUUUUACUUUUAAACCAAAUCAAAGCGAAUUGUAGGAGGAAGAAAUUGUGGUGUUUUACAUGUUUUAAUGCUAAAACUAAGCGAAAUUUAGUGGCAAUUUAUUGUACAUAUGAACAGAGAGAGUUUUUCAAAGUUUCCAGAUCUAUCAUAUUUAUUGUUCAAAAAGUAGCACUAUUUAUAUUUAAAAAAAAUCUAUUUUAAUGUUGUAAUCGUUUCCUUAGCAAAAGUCGUUUUACUAACCCAAAAGUAAUUUUAGUAGCUUACUAAGCGAUAGUUGUUACAACUGUGAGUAAUAUCAAUCUACUUUGUAUUCCUGCUAGAAAAGUGAGCGUAAAAGCAGCCAUAUUUGCAAGCAAUAGAUUUCAUAAGAGUAUUGUGGUGAAAAAACCCCGGCGGAAGAGUUUUAUCUCGUUCAUGCAUGAGCAGUUUUAAUCAAACCCCUCCUUCUUUAAUAAAUAACAAAAUAUAUUGUGAAUGUUUAUGCUGGUAAAUA